UGCAAAACAGUGCACAUACGUGACCGAUUCAAUCUCCUGUUUGACUCAUUUUUUCUUCGGAAGAAAAUGGCAACUCAUACCGUGGCCGAGUCUCUAAUAUCUCCGGCGGAGGAUUCCGCCGGCGACAGAAACCGCGCUACGGUGGAGGAGCUGUACGAGGCCUUGACCGGAGGCGAAAAGGAGGGUGUCGGCGGAACUCUGGCUGCGGACCUGGAGUACUGGUUCCACGGGCCACCACAUUGCCAACACAUGAUGAGGGUGCUCACCGGAGGAGGAGGAGGAGAAGCGGGUCGGGUCGGGUUCCUGUUCGAGCCGAGGAGGGUGACCGCGAUCGAGGACGGGCGCGUGAUAGCGGAAGGGUGGGAGGGAGCCCACGCCUACUGGGUGCACGUGUGGACGCUGAAGGACGGCGUGAUCACGCAGUUCCGGGAGUACUUCAACACGUGGCUGACGGUGAGAGACCUGAGGCCUGCCGGCCGGUGGGAGAUUGGCCACGUCGACAGCCCCACAGUCUGGCAGAGCCAGCCCCGGCAGCUGCCCGGCCUGUCGAUGCCGGGCCUUGUGCUUGCCAUAUGAGAGAGAGAGAGAGAGAGAGAGAGAGAGGGGGGGGGGGGGGGCUGGCUGGGAGCUCAAGUGGAUUAAUGUUUGUUGGGUACUUAAUUUGCUGUCUAUAAUUGAAUAGAUUUUAGGCAUCUUAAUUUUUAACUGUAAAUCUGAAUCAGAGAUCGAGAAAAUAAAAUAAAUGGAAUAAAAGCUUCAUUAAUCACUUCUUGGAACUA